AUGAAUUUCCAGGAUGUCAUGGCCACGAGUGGCUUCGCAACCUAUGCCUUGCGUCAUCCUCUAGAGGGUCUAUCGAGCUUCGGGCCGACACUGAGUGAAGCGACGUUCGGCUUGCUCGGAGCCUCGUUUAAGCCCGAGCGGGACAUUGCUGGCAUUGAAGGGAAGACUAUCUUAGUCACUGGAGGCAAUGCAGGUAUCGGUCAAGAAACAAUUCUCCAACUCGCAAAGCACCGCCCUGGACGAAUCUAUCUUGCCGCACGGACAGAGAGCAAGGCCCAAGCAGCCAUUGAGUCCAUCAAGAAGCAGAUCUCCUCUCCCGUCGACAUCCGCUACAUUCCACUUGAUCUAUGCUCAUUCAAAUCCAUCCGUGCGGGUGCAGAGAGAUUUCAGUCUGACAGUGAUCGAUUGGACAUUCUCAUCCUCAAUGCCGGCACGAUGGGCAACCCACCCCAGAAGACCGAGGACGGAUUUGAGAUUCAAUUCGGUACCAAUCAUGUUGGCCACUUCCUUCUCACCAAACUGCUCAUGCCAACAUUGCAAAAGACCGCUGCCGAUCUGAAGGCAAAGGGCCAGGAGCCCGACGUGCGUGUGGUUACGGUCGCUUCUGUCGCUCACGUGCUGAGUCCUCAGACCCUGGAAGGCAUGACCUCAACCCAGUCUCUUUUGGCAGCCAGCACUUGGACUCGCUAUGGGGCCUCCAAAGCCGCGAAUAUUCUGUUUGCCUCUGAGCUCGCCCGUCGAUACCCAGAGAUUCUGUCCGUCGCUGUUCAUCCUGGUGCUGUGAAUAGUGACCUGUACUCGCAUGCCAAGGCCGCCAGUGCCGCAAUGGAGCGUGGUGUCACAUAUGCUGGAUCACUCUUCUUCCGCAAGGUCACCAGCGGUGCACUUAAUUCUCUCUGGGCUGCUACAACAGCGAGAACAAAUGUGACCAACGGUGCUUAUUACACCCCAGUCGGAUUUCGCAGUGGAGGCAGUGCCUUUGUACAGAAUGACGACGUUGCCAAGAAGUUGUGGGAGUGGACCGAGGCACAGAUCGCCGAGCGUAAUUGA